CACAAGCCCAGAACAGACGGUGGUUGGUGGUCACAGCCAAAGAUAGACCCCAGUCUGUGGCCUGGUCAGCUCUGUCACACUCGCUCAUUGUUUAGAGUCCAGCUGUGUCUUUUUCUUCAGUGGGCUGAGAUGACGCCAAGCACGAGUGGGGGCGGAGACAGAGCGAGAGAGAGAACACAUGCCUCUAAUGCACAUUCUGAAAACCCACUGCUAUGCUACAUCUCACUCUGCUCUGUGUAUGUGAAGACUAAGGUUUCCAAGUGCAUGUGUGAAUAUUCAUUUUCAAUCCCAAGAUGCAGUGGUGCCGCUUGGCAGGUGGUUGGAGAACGCACAGACAGUCUGCUGAGCUGGAGCUGGAGGACUCUUUUGACUUUCUCUUUAAAAUCAUCCUGGUCGGAGAUUCGAAUGUUGGAAAAACCUGUGUGGUGCAAAGAUUCAAGUCUGGGAUUUUUAUUGAAAAACAACAAAACACUAUUGGAGUUGACUUCACUGUUCGGACACUGGACAUCGAUGGAAAGAAAGUCAAGUUACAGGUUUGGGACACAGCAGGUCAAGAGCGUUUUCGAACCAUCACCCAGAGUUACUACCGCAGCGCUCACGGGGCUAUGGUCGCCUAUGACAUCACGCGGCGAUCUACGUUUGAAUCCGUUUCUCAUUGGAUCAGGGAAGUGGAGCAAUAUGGAGCCGCCAGCGUAGUACUUAUACUUAUAGGUAACAAGUCCGACCUCCACGCCAACAGACAGGUCUUGUUUGAAGACUCGUGUACGCUCGCGGAGAAGCAUGGCGUUCUGGCUGCGCUGGAAACCUCCGCCAAAGAGGCUCAGAACAUUGACGCAGCUUUUAUUCUCAUGGCCAGAGAGUUAAUGGCAAGGAACGGUAUGGUGGUCAUCGAUGAAACCUCUCUGGAGGCACCGCAGUUCACGUUGAAUAGUUCUCAUCCAAUCCAUGGGACACUGGCUCCGGAUAAGAACUGUAGAUGCUGAGGUGUGUGACUGUAAAUAACAGAGCCAUGAUGGAAGUACUUGCAUCUACACACACUGACAGUCAAAGGUUUGGACACACCAGCUCAGUGCUUGUGCCAGGGUUAUGUGAAUGACCAAGAACAAAGCCUUCUGUAGUUCUCGAGCUAAGUUCUAAAGCUUUUUGUUGGGGCAGUUGUAUUUGGACAAAAGCAGCCAUUGCUAAUAUAAAAGAUGAUCUGAAAUGCUCCAAGAUGACUUCAAACAGAACCACUUAGGCUUCUUUGUGCUCUGGCUACUUUGAGGAUUUGAGUAUAAAAUUGAAAAAAAAAUGUAGAGUUAUCUUUGCUACAUAAUCUCAUAUAUCUUGUUUCAUAUAUUUGAUGUCUUUUGUGUGUUUAUAAAAUUUCAAAAGUUGUAAAAAUUUAGAAAAAAGAAUGAGAACUUUUGCCUGGUUGUGUACGUUUAAACAACACAAGUCAAAAGUUUGGACACAUUAAACUUCCUGUACAUUUUUAAUACUUUCUACAGUUUGUAUAAAUAUGGAAAACCUCAAAUAUAUGAAACAAAAUAGAUGGAAUUAUGUAGUAAAAGAAAAUGCUGAGUAACCACAAAAUAUUUUUCGACAAAGUAAAGGGUGGCGACUUGAAGGAUUUGAACUUAUUUAACUUCUUACCUUACUACAUAAUUCUGUAUAUUUUACUUCAUAUAUUUCAGGUCUUCAAUACGUUUAUAAACUGUAGAUAGUAAAAAAAAACAUUGAAUAAGAGUAUGUGUCCAAAAUUUUGACUGGUAGUGUAUAUAAAUUAUAUAUUAACUGUUAUAUAGGUUAUUUUCUGGUAUGUGGUCAUGUUUACAGACUGUAGAGUACUGUGGACUCGUAACAUGGGUGCAAAUAUAACUAUAUAUACACACAAGU